AUGGCGUUCAUACAGUGCACACUCGCCGCUCUCUUGUUGCAUGUGGCUUGCGGAAGCUACCUGGCUCACCGCGCUGCCGCUUAUCAUGGUGGUGCACCCGCUGCAAUCGGUUACCACCACGGUGGCGCACCUGCUGCUUACCACCACCAGGGUUAUGAAGAUGCCCAGUCUUAUGACUACGCUGCGUACCCAGCUUACUCGUCAGCCAGCACCUACCAAGCCGACUACCCUAGCUACUCCUCGAAACCCGUCGACUACUACUCGCCGCCCAAGUACUCUUUCAACUACGGCGUGAAGGACUACCACACCGGUGACGUCAAGGACCAAUGGGAAGAGAGAGACGGUGACGUUGUCAAGGGUGAAUACAGCCUGGUCGAACCAGACGGUACCACACGCAAAGUCACGUACACCGCUGAUGACCACAACGGUUUCAACGCGGUCGUACACAAGUCCGGCACUGCCCAUCACCCAGCCCAGGUCGCCCACGCACCAGUCUACCACCACGCUUACCGCCGUUGA